GACUGGCCUUUGUCAUUUGUGUAGCUCGCUAGCUCAUUUAGCCACUUCCUGAGUAAGUUUAACCUGAGUGAUAGGAGAUAAGGAAACAGUUGGUCCUGAAUUAGGUAAGAUGCAAGAUCUGAACAUACGUGUCAGCUUUUACACCCAACUAUGGUUCCUAUGGUCAGUACAUUCAUUCGUAAUCAGCGACAGCUGUGAUGCCAAAAUCAACAUGGUCCGAGACGUAUGGCAAGUGGGCAUGGGCCACAACUUCACUCUGAUAUGCGAGUUUGUCUGCAUCCCGCCGUCCAGCACUCUCCAUUGGUACAGGGGUGCCAGCAGUAUACUGAAUCAGACCACCAACCAAACCAAGUUCACAUUCCCUUUGCAUGUGGAGAGAGCAGGGGAAAAUCACAGUGGAGAAUACUACUGCGAAACACACCCGCCAGUUGUCUCUAGCAACACUGUGUUCAUCAGGGUGGUGGAUUUGUCUCUGAACGUGUCCAGCACGUCAGCGGAGGUGUUUGAGGGACAGACGGUCGAGGUGAACUGCACGGCCGUUUCACCUCUCAACGCUACUCUCUUCUGGGGACGCGGCGGGUGCGACGAACGCCAGAAGGUGAAUGGCAGCGGGACUCUGCGGCUGUCCCCCGCUACCGCCCAGCACCGCGGAGAUUACUACUGCUGUUCUUCCAUUCCCACCCUCACCCCGCUCCACAGGUUCAAGAAGGUGCAGGUCACAGUACUGCGUCCCCAAGGUAUCCUGCAGUGCCAGGUGUUGUGGUAUUUGAUGUGCAAAACUGGGAUUUUCCUCCUCUUCUCCGCUGCCGUAUUUAUCUUGGCCUGCAGAGGGCAGUCCUAAGCUAUAAAACCCAGAGCCCACGGGUAUCUUGCAUAAACUUGGUUUGUUCAGGAAGUGGCUUGCAAACCAACAUUCACAAACACAACUAUCCAAGUAUAUAGAUAUUGUGCUUCCAUUAGAUUCUGUAUGUAUUAUCAUUUGUGUCAUGAAGUAAAUGUGCAUCUCAAAAUGUUUUCAAUUUUAAAGAGCAGUUAUUCAUUUAGACAAAGCAUAGACUGCACAUCAAUAAAGAACAGUUCCUAACAAUCCAUCUGUGCAUCAAAUUAUUAAUGUCCAAAUAAUGUCAGGCUGCAAUGAAAUGUCCACAAAUGUUUUAAACAGAAAAAACUAACCAUGUUCAAUAGCAAUGCUAUCUCUCAUAAGAAUUCAUAAAAUGUUGGGCCAUCUCAGAUACCUAUCCCCAAGUUUAAAUUAAAGCAAAAUAAUAUGUACAAGAUUUAGGUAAAGCAUUACAUACAAUACUGAGACAACAUACUUGUAAUACUGUAAUACUGAAUUGAAGUAUUUCAUAUGUUAUGUAAUUUGAGUCAAUUUUGCAGUUUGAAUGUCAGUUUGAGUCUUAUCUACAGCUGAAGCAUUGCCUUCCCUCUAACACAUUUCCAGAUACAAUAUUUCUAUCACCUUCAUCUGCCUGUCUCUUGUUUGCUAAAUGAACAAGAUCUUACAAAAUGUGUCAUUUCAUUUAUUAGCUUGAGACUAAGAACAAAGUGUUGAUACUUGCGCCUUUGUCAUUCCUGUUUUGGAGAGAACAGGGGUAUCAGAAAAUGAUGUUAAUUAUUUCCUGACUUGACAUACAGCGCAGGCAGGGUCUUUUCUGAAGUUAACUGUCCAUGACCCUAGUACCCAGUGAGAAGUGAACUUGGGAAAAUACUUUCUUACAAGGUUAUUUUCCAUUGUCUAAACAUGCUUACUAUGCUUACUGUGCAUCCUAACCUGAAUGCCGUAUUCAUAAAUUCACAGAUAAUGCGCAGUGUCAAGAUUGUUGUCUUCCAGAAUCUGACCAAUGAUAUUCCAGAGAUAUUCUUAAAAGGAGAUUAGCAGGAAAAAAAAGGGAAAUGAAGCAAAGGUAAUUUCUUGGGGGCAAUUAAAGAAAACAGAUGCAUUU